AUGAAGUUUCUAGUUUGUAUAUGUAGUUCUACUACCUUUCAUCGUUUUGAGAUUGAUAUCAUCAUUGCCUAUACCUUCUCCACCACAGAAGGAGGUGAUGACAAUCUUUCAUUCGGCACCGCUCUCCAAGCCCGUACCACUGCCAUACAUGCGAACGGUGGCUCCGGUUCUAUAAAUAGAACCGAUUCAUCCGGUCUGGUCAGUAAAAACGGGUCAACCGGUCCUUAUAACCGGGCCCUAAGUGCACCCCCGGUGUCCCACCGCGUGGCCGGGAAGAAAGGGGGCAGGGGCAAGAAGGCCCAUACCCGCCCGCACUCUCGCGCACCCACACCCUCUCUCACCACAGCCAAGACAGUCACAGGCACACCCGGCACCACAACAGAACUCUUCGCCCAGUUUGAGGAGACGCGCCAGCGCAGGAGACCCUCGACACGGCAGCAGACGGAGGGCAGUGGCAGUACUUCAGGUGCAGGUGCAGAUGUUGGGGCUCCGCCGCCUGGGCCGAUUUGUCCCGGGGAUAGGCUGUGUGCCAGUGAUGCGCACACUCAGGCGAUGGAGUUGGGGUUGUAUCGGCUGGGUUGUGGACCGGUAGUGCAACGUCUGGUGCAGAGUUUGCUGGGCGAAAGCUGUGGACUGGGGGGAUCUAUGGAGGGGCCCAGUGGAGAGAGCGAGAGGGACAAGGAGGGAGGGAGGCAUAGAGAAGGUAGGUAUAAGGGAGACGCUAUUAAGAAUGAGGGUCACAGCAGGAGGUCGGGAGAGAAGGGCGGUUUAGGCUUUAGAGAUCCCGGCCGGGAUAGGAGGAAAGGGAAGAGAUCUAAGGAUCGGGGUAAAUCCAGAUCCAGAUCCAGGUCCAGAUCCAGAUCCAGAUCUAGAUCCAGAGAGAGGGAGAGAAUCGGAGAGAGUACAAACAAACGGAACGGCGAUAUUGGUGAUAGCGAAAAUAGUAGUAAAAAUAAAGCGGUAAAUAACGGUACAAAGGAUGAUGGUACGGGCAAGAAGAAGCGGCAUAAGGAGAGGGACACGGCCAGGCAUGACGACGAAGAUAAGGUCAGCGCAAGGAAAGUGAGCUCCAAAGAAGGCGGUGGGGAAAUAGGGGGUCCACAUAUGCGCAGACGGAACAAACAAAAGCACAAGGAUUCAGGCAGCAGUGCUGGCAGCAGCAGCGGCAGCAACUGCAGCAACGGUGGGGAGGGUAGUGGUCAAUUAAGCAGGAGAGAUAUAAAUAGCACGCUAAACCGCACCAAGGGCGCCGGAGGGGAGGAGGAGGUAGACCUUUCCACUACAGACAAGUCCGGUACACACCAGAAACGAGGGAAUGAUGGCAAGUUUUCGAAGAAAUCAAAGUCUUCUAAAAAGAAAGGCGAUAAGAAGUAUAAGGACAGGCAUAGCUGCGACGAAACUGGAGUCCAACG